GAUCCGCACAGUGCCAAUGGCUUCAGCCGGCCUGGAGAUCCUGGGGAUGAUCCUGACCGUUGCGGGCUGGCUGGGCAUCAUGGUCGCCUGCUGCUUGCCCAUGUGGCGGGUAGCGGCCUACGUAGGCCAGAACAUCGUAAUCACGCAGAUCGUUUGGGAAGGUUUGUGGAUGAGCUGUGUGGUGCAAAGCACAGGACAGAUGCACUGCCGAGUCUAUGACUCAAUGCUGGGGCUUCCGGAUGACCUUCAAGCUGCCCGCGCUAUCACUGUUGUGAGUACGCUACUAGGCGUGGUGGGCAUGGUGCUGUCGGUGGCUGGUGCGAAGUGCACAAACUGCACCUCAGACCGAGCAAGCAAGCCCCGCAUCAUGAUGGCAGCUGGUGGGACGUUCAUAAUGUGUGGGCUGCUAUUAUUAGUGGCCGUCUGUUGGACAGCCAGCGGUAUUAUCCAUGAUUUUCGCAACCCGCUCAUGGAGGAGACGCAAAAGAGGGAGUUCGGGAACUCAUUGUACUUUGGAUGGGGUGCGUCCUGCCUGUUGAUUCUAGGGGGAGCUAUUUUGUCUUGUUCCUGCUCCUCAAAAUCACAGAACAAUGCCGUACCUACAAGAGUGGACUACUCAGGGGUCAAAUCUAUCUCUGUUAAUGGAUAUGACAGGAGGGACUAUGUUUGAGGGCUCAGAAUCUUUGCACAUUUAAGACCUUCAGAGUAAAGCCAACACAUCUGCUAAAUGAAGGCAAUGCGUAUUUAAAGAUCAAUAACACAUUCAACUUUGAUGCUGGAUUUUGAUUAAAAAAAAUAAAAACAUUUUAAACGUUACUAAAUUUGGUUUGAUUUCUCUGA